UAAUAUAUAAUUAUUUUAUUAAACUUUAUAUCAUUGAAUGAAAAAGAUGCCACGCUUUGUUAUUUACAUUGUAGUCGUGUCAACGUUGACGCGUGUUACGCAUGUGCAACAAGUUUUGUCGGACAUAGAGAAUAAUCCGCCAAUCAGCGAAAAACCGCAGAACGGUAACCCAUCUGAAAUUAAAAUCUACGAAGAACUAUUCAGGAAAUCAUUCGUACAUCAACGUAAAGAGCACACAGAAGCUAUAAAACGUCUUCGAAAUAUAGACAACUACGAACGUUUAUACAAAAUGAUAACGAUUCUUGGUACAAAAAUGAUCGAUAUCAUUGAGGCAAGUAAACAAUUAAUUGAAAGUACAGAUUUUAAUCCAGACGAUAGAUCUCUACCAAAAAAUGUUACUAUACAAAGCGCAAUAUCUACUACGUUAGAGAAUACUGCGCUAUUCGCGGAUAUUUUGCUACAUUUUCCUCACAUGACACAUCGCAUAUUGAAAACACAAAAAGAAUGGAAUCCAGUUAUAAAUUGGUCCUUACAUUUCACAAAUCGAACAAAACAUUUAUUAGAUGCAGAAACUCUUACUGUAGUUCAUUUAGCAGCCCAAGAGUUGAAUAUUAUCGAACGUGAACCGGGAUACGUAAACCCCUAUUGGCAGUCUACCGGCUCGCAAGGCGAAGAUGAAGAGAAAAAAAAGAAGAAGAAAUCGAAAAAGAAAGCACAGAGGGUACCUCGAAUAACUAAAACUGAUCUUUAAACAGAUAAUCACUAACAUUCUACAAUUUAAUAAUUCGCGAGGAACAUAUUGAACCUGAUCCCAUCCCUACCUAUGAAGUACUUGAGGCCAUCGCUAACGGUGGUAGAAAGUGGUCAGCCAAUGAGCUAAGAACGGUUCCUACCGUCCGGUUCACGACUCUGUAACCAUGGCAGA